GAGAGAGAGAAUGCCACGGGCUGUGCAGAAUUUCCUAGGCCCAAAAGUGCGGAGCAGUACAGAGCCAUGCGUGCGUCUUUGUUUGUUUUGCACGUUUCCAAGCGAUGAUAAGGCGAAAUCGGGUAGCGUUUGAUGAAGCAGCCCCUAGAGUUUGCUCGCUCAGGUCUGGAUGUAGCUGAUUGGAGUAGCAGCAGUCAGAGUGGGUGAUCACAGGGAGGAGGGGAGAGACUCUGAAGUGGCUUUUCUGCGCGUGUGUGUGAUUCUCCAGCGGCCAUGUUAACCAAGAAACCCUGCGCUGCUGCUGCUGCUGUCUACCCGAUUGGCAAAGGGGGUGAGAUUUGCCAGCUACAGUCUUCCCCAGGACUGGGCAUCGGGGGUCCCCGAGCUGGAGCAGGGACUGAAGCCGCAUCACCCGUCACAUUACCACCACUCAGGAACAGCAACUCUCUCACGGCUGGAGGCAAUAAGCACACAAUGAAUGACCAUCUGCACAUCGGGAAUCACCAGCAGAUCCACGUUCAACAGCUGUUCGAGGAGAACAGUAACAAACGGACAGUGUUGACUGCACAACCCAAUGGGUUGACAACCGUAGGUCUGGCCAUGCCGGAGAAGCAGCAAGAAAGCAGCCAGUGUCGACAAGGCAGCUCAACUUCCAUCAAAUCAACUGAAAGCAAACCCAAGCCAGCACCUUCGACUCCUGAGCAGGCUAUGAAACAGUACAUGUCUAAGCUUUCAGUGUUUGAACACCAAGAGAUCUUCAGCUACCCUGAGAUCUAUUUUAUAGGUCCAAAUGCAAAGAAAAGACAAGGUGUAGUUGGGGGUUCAAACAAUGGAGGUUAUGAUGAUGAUCAGGGCUCCUACAUUCAUGUGCCCCAUGACCAUAUAGCAUAUAGGUAUGAAGUACUAAAGGUUAUCGGUAAAGGCAGUUUUGGCCAGGUGGUGAAGGCCUACGACCACAAGAUCCACCAGCAAGUGGCCCUGAAAAUGGUACGGAACGAAAAGCGAUUCCAUCGCCAAGCAGCUGAGGAAAUUCGCAUUCUGGAACACUUGCGCAAACAGGAUAAGGACUCCACCAUGAAUGUCAUCCACAUGCUGGAGAACUUCACAUUCCGCAACCAUAUCUGCAUGACGUUCGAGUUGCUCAGCAUGAACCUUUAUGAGCUUAUCAAGAAAAACAAGUUUCAGGGCUUUAGUUUGCCACUAGUGCGCAAGUUUGCACACUCCAUCUUGCAGUGUCUCGACUCCUUGCACAAGAACAGAAUCAUUCACUGCGACCUCAAGCCUGAGAAUAUCCUUUUGAAGCAGCAGGGGCGCAGUGGGAUAAAAGUGAUUGACUUUGGCUCCAGCUGCUACGAGCAUCAACGGGUCUACACUUACAUACAGUCACGCUUCUACAGGGCCCCAGAGGUCAUUCUGGGUGCUCGAUAUGGGAUCCCAAUUGAUAUGUGGAGCUUAGGUUGUAUCUUAGCGGAAUUACUUACAGGGUACCCUCUCUUGCCUGGAGAAGAUGAAGGGGACCAACUAGCAUGUGUCAUAGAGCUGCUGGGUAUGCCCUCCCAGAAGCUACUGGAUUCAUCUAAGAGAGCCAAAAAUUUUGUCAGUUCAAAGGGAUACCCCCGUUACUGCACAGUCACGACCUUACCUGAUGGCUCAGUGGUGUUGAAUGGGGGAAGAUCACGUAGGGGUAAGCUCAGAGGUCCACCAGGCAGCAGGGACUGGGUGACAGCACUUAAGGGCUGUGACGACCCCCUCUUCUUGGACUUUCUCAAACAGUGUCUAGAGUGGGACCCAUCCCUGCGCAUGACUCCUAGUCAGGCCCUCCGCCACCCAUGGCUCAGAAGACGCUUGCCAAAACCUCCCACUGGGGAGAAAACCACUGUAAAGCGGCUCAAUGAGGGUACUGGUGCUAUAACUUCAAUCUCCAAAUUACCUCCCCCUUCUGGCUCAGCCACAAAAUUAAGGACUAACCUGGCACAAAUGACUGAUGCCAAUGGGAAUAUACAACAAAGGACAGUGUUGCCAAAAUUAGUUAGCUGAACACUAAUUUCUUUUUUUCUUUGAAAUUACAAUAUUGGAAAUUGUGCAAAGCUGAGCAUUCAGAAGUGUGGCAUUUUUAGGAAUAAGAGUCGUUAACGCAUAUCCACCAUUUAUGAACUGCUUCGUAGCACCUUUAGUUGGAUUUUUUUCUAGGAAAGCUCAAAUGGCCAAGAAAGGGGGAACAACACUUUUAAGUUUUUAUCUCAGGGCUGUGUUGAAUGCUGCUUUGAAUGAGCAUUCAUACACUCUGGUCUAUAAUAACAAAAAGUCCCACAUGGUUUAAUACCUAAUCUUGUAGCAUAAAAAGUAAAUGGCCUUGCUACAAUGAAGUAAUGGUAGGAUACAUUGUUUUGUGUGCUUCUGAAAUUUUAAUCACCACCCUCAGAUCCUGUCAGAUAAAUAGUGCGUUAAUGGCUGAGGAUUCAAAAUGCAUUUUACUAAAAGCUAUGUGAUCUGAGGCUUGUUGCAUUUCCCAGCAUCAUUGUUGUCAAUAUCAAGAAUAGAGAACAUACUAUGGUAAGAGAAACCGGUCAUAAUGGGGAGUGGAUGUUGCAGACUGUUAUGAGGUAGCAGAAAUAAACAAUGUUUACAUGAUAGAUUUGGUUUGUGCCUAUAAAUCUCUUGACAUUCCUUAAAGAAAUUAAAUGAGGAAAAGAGAGAGUGUCUAGAGUGGUCUACACUACAGUAGAUUCAUGGCAAAUUUAAAGGAAUUUAUGUGGUUUGAUAGAAACAAUACUGUUCUCAGUAGUACUUGACAGGUGUACGUUAAUGUAAUUAUAAGCUAUUUGCUGGAAGAGUUGCUUUUACAGGAAGUACUGUCCUGGAAGGAAAAAAAUGGUGCUUUACCUUUUUUAUUUAUAAAUUUUUUAUAGCUUGAAACUUAAUGCUCGUGGAUCAAAACAGUGUUGUGUAAUUACAAUGAGCGAAGACUGGUUAGUUUGCAAGUUAGAGUCUAGAUAUAUUUUUGUCUCUAAAGUGAAUGCUUUUUUACAUUGACUAGGACUAAGAAUUGAAGAAUAGGAAGGCAGGACAUUGCAUUUACCUGAAUGCAAGCAAGUAACGAUGCUAAUAAAGAUAAAUAUUUUAGGUGGACAAUGUUAUGGCAGAGCAUGACACGUGAUUCAAAUCUUGAAUCAAAUUUAUAACCACUAAUACAGAUGGCUACAUUGCAUACCCUCAUAUUGUUACAUAAUCAUUGUGUGGACUUGCUAAUAUUAGGCCAAAGUUAAAAUUCUAAAAGGUUGUUCCCUUUUUUAACAAUAAAUAAUUAAUAACACGUUUUCCCCAAAUCCUGAACAGUUGGAUUUGAAAAAAAAAAGGCUGGCAACUUUUGUAGCAUUUAUGACAUGGAAAGAAUAAUUCGACUGACUUGGGUGUAAAAGCUUAAUAAGUUUAUUUCAUUUUAUUGUGUCAAUGAAGAGCUAACAUAGGUGGAACCAGUGGCCUGAAUGUGGCUUGUAUAUCAAUUGAGUGAUUUAUGGUGUAAUGCACAAAGAAAUAUAUCUGCCACUACUUUGAAAUCCUACUCUAGCAGGAGGUAGUCCUGCUUACAUUCAAGCAGUCACGGAUUGUUGGGGUGUGGAUGUGGGUCAAACUAUGGGCUGUCAGGGAGACCAGCAAAGCUGUAAUGCUCAUGUUGAUCCCUCACCCCCCCCCCACUGGAGACUGACACAGUGCCCUCCAGGCCUACUGCACAGGGGUUUGGGCCCCUUUGGACACCCAUAGUGCUUUAUAGAUACAGAAGUUACCUGCUAACAUCAGCAGGCAUUUCACAAUGUACUUUACACUUUUUUUUAUUGUUCUGUGAAUUGACAGCAGUGUGGAAUAAUUGUGCCCUUAGGUUUAAUACAAUGUGCCUUUGGUUAUCAAUGCCAUUCAUUUUAUUUCAAACAACGAUUCUCCCUUCCAUUUACUUUGAAAGACUCAUGGUGAUUCUCUUGCACAUGUUUGAGCAUCGCCCAAAGAUACUUCCCAAACCUCAUUAAAUGGGACUUGGGAAUAAGUGGCCGCACAGUUGAUGUUGUACAUGCAGUUUGGACACUCAAUGUUUUUUAUACUAUGAUUUGAGAGGAGAAAUAACAUUUGGGCCCUUUUCCAACAGGGAUGUCUUAGUAAAAGACAACAAUUACUACAGUGACAUAGAACAAGUGUCUUCAGCACUGCAUUCAUGUUGUCUUAACAUCGAAGUAUUUGAGGAGAUACAUUUGGUUAAUUUUAUUACAAUAGAAAUAAGAACACAUUUUAAUAUUUUACCUCAGACUGUUGUAAUAUUCUUGUACUUUAUGAAUCCAGGGCAUUUGGUACAUACCAAAGUGCAUUCCUUUCUGUGUUAGUGGCUAUGAGGGAAAAGAAGCCAGAAUUUCCCUUUUUACCUGAUCAAGAGGCCAUCAAGCCACUUAAGGGUAUGUCUUGAAAUUGAUAAUCCUCUGUGGAGAGGCAAUGAUAGGGGAAGGAUGCUUGAGCUUUAUUAGACAGUCACAUCACUUGUUAAAAUGUCUGUCAGAUGUAGCAUACCUCCAAACCUCUGUUACUUAACAUGGUUGGAUGUAUCUCCAGAGCAGUGAAAACUGCAACAAGAAAUCCACAGUGAGUCAGUUGUCAUCCCAGUGUGCAAUACAGUGGUAGCAUUGUUGAGGAAAAUCAAACUACAUGGCUGAAAGUUACAUUUUAAAACAAUGUGCUUUUUACGAUUUUUAAAUGUAUGCCCUAAAUCUUGAAUCUAGCUACCCACUGUCAACUUCGGUCAGUUCUUUUU